ACGGUACAUUAACAACCGUGUCAUAUUAAUAUUCCGAUUGUUUAGUAUGGAUUUCCUCGAUACGGUUUCUACCUAGAAAAUGUAACAUGGUGUCCGUUAGAAAUCGGCUACAGGUAAACCGCAGGUACCUGCAGUCACUGUUCGACUUGGUGACGGAACAAAAUCCCCACAAGAUCGAGUGCUGGUUUUAUAAUAUAAGCAUGGAAGCGCAACAUGAAAACCUUUACCAUAACAGACAUCUGAGCAUUGAAGAAAUAAUUUCAGCAUGACCUUCUAUCCAUAACCUCUUGAGGGAAACAACCAUGCUCAGAUACCUGAAGGUCCCUCACAUCGACGAACCGGAUAUCCGGUACAAAGUGGUGCGCUACUUCACCAUCGUCUUCUUCUCCAUGUACUGCUUCCUCGGCGUUGCCACGGCAGUGCUUACGGGUUGGCUGAGCACGAAGCGGACCUACUCCUGCCGCUUCUUGACCGAAUACUUCACCUCCAUCUACGUCCUGCUGGCGGCGUCCCUGUUCCUGAUCGUGACGUCAUCGCGCAUGCUCAUUAAGGUGUGCAGCAGAACGAGGAGAGAUUACAGGACGAGCCUGUAUCUGAUUAUUCUGGCGUUAACCCUUUCGCUGGAGAUCGUGGCGCCCAUAAUGGCGCACAUACACACGCUGAUCAUGUCGAAGGGGAAGCUUCGCGACGACAUGGUCGCGGUGUUUACGUAUUACAGGGGCCACGACGACCACGUCGAAUGCAUCGAGAAGACUCAGAGGUAUUACCAUUGCUGCGGAGCGACCAACUUCACGGAUCUGCUGCCUCGGAAUUUUACGAUCCUUUCGGGAACUUUCGGCCUGAUGCCGAAGAGCUGCGUGUGCGAUUCGGACAACAACGAUGAUGAUCGAUGUAUCGUCUCGGAUCCUGACUCCAGUGAACGUAUUUUCGGAGUCCCCUGUUAUCGGAAAGUCUGGAAGGAGAUGAAGACCUUGUUGCUUAUGGUGCGAGUGAUCUCCCCUUUGUUAGCGGUGGCACAGGUGGCGCUUCUCGUGGUUGUCACGUACAUCAUUCGAAAGUUGCAGCGCUCCAGCGUGGUCGGGGUGUAUGUCGUCAAGACACAAAGUCAUUCAGAGCGCUACAGACAAGGUGUUGUGACGGUGUCGGUGCGUAGCAACGAUAUCUCGUUGAAUCCCGUGAGAACUGUGCAGGGUGCGGACACACGAGUGGGUAGCGCCACCUGUUCACAAAGUGAUCAGCCUAGACACCCACAGUUUGCGAGUGAACAGUCACCCGCCUCACCACCUAGGCCUACUGCUGAGGAAAUGCCUUAUCCCAUUGCUUGAGAACAUGAGUAAUUUUAUUUUUACUCUUUUGUUUCGUGCUGGGGUGUCUUUAACAUUCAUUCAUUCAUUUAUUUAUUUCCGUGCUUACAUCCAACAUAGGCGUCGGAAACGGGGUGUUGGGGGGGGGGGCACUUGUCCCACAACUCUAAAACUAGGGGGUGGGGUGGGAGGGGGGCACAAUAGGGAGUGAACAGCCACCCGCCCUACCAUCUUCUGCUGAUGAAAUGCCUUCCCCCAUUGCUUGAGAAUAUGAUUAAUUUCAGGCAUAUUUAUUCUUGUGCUUGUAUCCAAUUAAAGGGACAUUCCUGCGUUUACUGCAUUGUAAGAUAUUUCCGACUAAUAAAAUACCAGUCGUGGUACACUGGCUGGAACAAGAAAUAGCCCAAUGGGCCCAGCAACGGGAAUCAAUCCCACACUGACCGUGCAUCGAGCGAGCGCUGUACCACAGGGCUACGUCCUGCCCCUCCUGUGUAUGAAAAGAUACUGUGUAUAUGCUCUAUAUUCAAUAAACUUGCAAUAACCGAAAGUGGACCUUAAAGUAGAUGAACUAACAAUUAAAGAUCUUAAAGGGACAUUGGAUGUUUCCGACAAAUAAAAUAUUUCUACGAUUAAACUUACAUAUUAAAUAUAUUUUCUUGUUUAGAAUAUCAGUGUCUAUAUAUUCA